AAUGCUAAUACAAGUAGUCCGAGAGGAAGAGAGGCCAAACCGACUUGACAGUGAACAUAAAUUACUGCUGAAUUUUGAUCAAUUUUAAGCAUCAACUGCGAUCAGUUUGGGACUAGAAGAAGAGAGGAGAGCGAAGGAUAAUGUACCAAUUUCGUGUUCGGUCCCUGGUGGCCGUUCUGCUCUUGAUUGGAUUAUGUAGCGGCGGAAAGAGUAAAGAUGACACAUGGAAGAGAACCAACACAAUGUCCAUGGAGAAGUCUGAGAAACACGACCCAUACAAAGAGGAAGAGAUUUACAUUGACGGGAUGCAGCAGGAUGGUGUAAUGGAGGGUUCUGGGAAUGGUAACCAGGAAGACGACACAGAGGGGUCGGGACCAGAUGACGAAGAAGGUUCUGGAACCAUAGGAUUCGUUGACACCGUCACGGGGAGCACGAGUCGACCACGCACUCAGUGCGAGCUCACGUACCAGGAAGUCAUGCGACAAAACCUGUUGGGCGCAUUCAUGCCUCGCUGUCACCCAGAAACGGGCGAGUUUCAGGCCAUGCAGUGUCACGGGAGCACGGGAUUCUGCUGGUGCGUAGACUUGGAGGGACGUGAGCUGCCUGGGACGAGGAAGAGAGGACAGAUGGACUGUGACAGUGUGCGCAUGAAUAUUCACAUCAAGGGUGACAAAGCAACGACACACAGCAACAAGGUGAUGAAAUCGACAUCGAAGGCGCCGAUGCCCUCGACCACAACAAUCAGUAAUGUGGUGCCAGGAGCAGACGUUGGCAAGCCAAAAGAGAAUCUUCAGGAAACCAACAAAGAUUACAAGAAUGAUGACAUUGAUGGCAACAUGAUCAACCUUGCCCAAAAAACAGAAGAGGGUGAUUCCAAUAAUGCCUUUAUUUCUGCCAGCCCAGGUUUGUUGGCAGGUAUUAUUGGUGGCGCUGUGGUGGGGCUCCUCUGCGCCAUUCUACUGGUGAUGUUUAUCGUCUACCGAAUGAGGAAAAAAGACGAGGGAAGUUAUGCACUGGACGAGCCUAAAAAACAGCCGCUACCAUACUCCAAGAACACAAAUAGGGAGUUCUACGCGUAGAGGGGCGAGGCCUCGGCUCGCAUGCUCUACAUAACUGUUCCAUUCUUUGUGAUAUAGUGAAGACUUUUCUUAAUUUGGGUCUGGGCUUCUUGGGAUGUAGGGGGGACUGAGUGGCCACGGUGUCGAUUGCAACACCUUCUUUACUCUACCAGGACAAGGAUACCUGAGUGUACAUGCUCUGCGCCCCUACAUCCCAACAGAAACUUAACCAGAACAUUCACCAAUAGAAUUAUCUUUAUUUAAUUUUGUUCGACACACUUUAUCAUUUGCUGUCCAUAUCUUUUGAGUAUCACAAUUGGUUUGAUUUGAGUUGCCAGCAGGGUAAAGAAAAUCGGAAGAAUCUUUGCAUAACUGCUACUUGGUGACCGUGCAGGUUAUUACAAGGACCAGGGUUUUCAUAUUGCCACUUUUGUAUAUGUACAUAUGAUAUACUGUGUAUUUUACGCCUGUCACAACUGAACUUUGUCCGAGGAAAACACAUUGGUUAUUAUUACAACUAUCGUUAUUAUGUAUUCAUUAAGUAGUUAAGAAUUUCAAAUUCUUUCGAUAUAAUACUGUUAUAUCUGGUCCCAAAAACACGGUGAUACUGGCUUGAAAGGCAGGAAAACUAAGCUAAACAGAAGUCAGUGUCUGCCCAGUUACGUCUAACUUAUUAUUAAUUUCUUGCUGAAGAUAAUGUGUAUAUUAAUUGUAGUACAUGUGGGUCAUGUGAUCACAGAAAUGAGGUCAGGUGACCAUGACUGAGGUCAUGUGACUCCUACUGCGGUCACAUGACCCUUCUUGUUUUAGACUAACCUUAAUCUGUGUAAUCACUGUAUUAUAGUAAGCGAGCACUGCAAAUAUGCACUGCGUGCUCUCCUUAGGUAGGUUUUAUCAUGUCCUGUGCAUUUUAGGAAUUUGUUUGUAUUUGUGAUCUAAAAAAAUUGCAAACAUCGAGAGCAUCUGAAAGCCAUAGAGAUCACAUUACUUGUAUUAUAUUGUAGUUCAAUUUAAUUUGCAUAGCUUAUUAGCAACAAAUUAGGCAUGCAAUUACAGUAUAGAGUAGCCCUGCAGUAAAUGAGAUGUACAAAUAUGAUUGGCUGUGUUAAUUAAAGUAGUAAGAAUAUUGUAUCGUAUUAUGUAAUUGAAACUACUGCACUUGGAUGCGAUUGGUCACCCUUUUUGAUUUACAAGCUAUAAUUUUAUUGUUAUACUCAUCAUUAAAGGAUCAUAAGUCUUAAGACAUGCAAGGAGUUGCUAUUUUCCUAAGAUUGUCAUCAUCAUUUUUUUUUCUCUUUUUUUUUUUUUUUUGUGAAAACCACAUGGAAAAAAUUACAUAUCUUGCUGUAUUUGGUAUUUUUCUGCAUAUGAAUUUUUUUUUCAUAUAUUUGGUGAAUGAGGUUUUACACAGUUACAAAUUUCAACAUUAUCUGAGUGUCACAUAGUAUUCUAAUUUUACUUUUUUAAUGGGAAAUGUUUGGCAUCAUUAUUAUGGUUCCAUUUUGAAUUCUUUAUAAAAUGCCAUGUGUAUCAUCCAUCAUUUAAUGCCAACUAUUUUAAGAUCAACGCUUUUAUUGUUAGCAGGUGAAAUAGACCGGAGAUCCUAUGGUCCUAACGCUAUGAGUGACAAGUGUGAAAUUAUUAUAAAAGAAACAAUGUUGCACAUAUGAUAUUUCACCACUAUGUAUUCUUAUAUGUGGUAGUUCAGAUUUUGUUAUACCUCAGUAUUGCAUUUGAAUUUUGUAAAAAAAAAAAAGUACAAUAAUUAGGACAUUCUUGGCAUGGCAGUGGACUUUGGGGUGAGCGACACAGAAUUUCUUGAUGGCACAUUUGAGUAUUUUUAAUAGUUCAAAAAGAGGAAAUCUUAGUUUUAAAUCUGUAAUUUUCACAUUUUCAGUUUAUUUGUGAAAGGAUUAACCAAUUUAUACAAUGGAAUUGAUUGGCUCUUCCUUAACAUCACUGAAUGGCUGUAUGUUCCAAAUGUGUCAUUAAAAGUCUCGCUAAUCCCAUAUUUCCAAAUGGCGUCUGUACUUACUCUUGAUUAAAAAAAAAAAAA